ACCAUCUAUAAUUCUAGUCAUAAAAGUAGAGAAACCAAAGAGGCGAUUUUGACUCCGGGGAUUACUUACUACGAUUACAGUAACCGGACAAUUUCGAGGAAGUUGAAAGGAAAUGGAGUCCACCAAUGUCCAACCAGGGCCAAACCUCAAGCCACCUAUAAACAAAACCUCACUCAAUCAUUCAGUUCAACAAUGGCCACGCCGACGCCGACGCCGACGCCUUCUUCAUUAACACCCGUUCCGGCUCAACUACCAGAAGUUCUCAUAGCCGAGAUUCUAAAGCGGCUCCCAGUUAAAACCCUUGUUCAAUUCAAAUGCGUAUGCAAGUCAUGGCACAAACUAUUAACCGACCCAAUCUUCACAAACACGCACCUUCAUUUCACCACUCCCACUCGCAUCAUCCUCUCCCGUUACUUCAAAUCCUUCUUAUCAUUACCUCUCCACCCUAACCCUAACCCUAACCCUAACCCUAACCCUAACCCCAUAGAACUUCCUCUUUCUCUCAACGAUGCCCACACUUACUACGUCAAAGGUCAUUGCAACGGUUUACUCUUACUCAUCAUCAGCGACGGCACUAUCAUCCUCUGGAACCCUACCAUCGCACGCUACAGAACACUCCCCACUCCUUCUAAUUUUAAGGAAACAAGAGAAGUUCUUGGAUUCGGUUACGACUCUUCAACCAACGAUUACAAAAUCGUUAGAGCUCCUUCCUCUUAUUGCAAACUCAUGCUUAAAGAUUACAAUCCUCAAAUCGAAGUUCUCUCUUUGAAUUCCAAUUCGUGGAGGAAAUUGCCGGAAGCCGAAACUCCUCCUUAUUUCAUCGAACACUCUCAGCAAUCGUUCUAUCUAAACGGUGCCGUUUAUUGGCUUACACUUGACGAUUUCUGUACUCUUAUUUUGCGUUUUGAUUUAGCUAAAGAGAGUUUCGCACGUGUGCCGCCGCCGCGGGAUGAUAUCGGAAGAAACAUGUCGUGGAUUGGUGUUAUCAACGAUUCGCUCUGCGUGCUUCACUCUCAUCAGAGAAGCUACUUUGAUAUAUGGGCAACACGUGAUGAUUUCAAUUGGGAAAAAAUGAUCACUGUUUUCAAAACUGUUGAUCCUGAACCUUGUUUUAGUUAUCUCGAUUAUGCACCUUUGUGUUUCGUUGAGACUGGGGAGCUUCUCAUGAGUAUUCGGCGGAAGGGAUUGAUUGCUUAUGAUCCGAACGAACAAUGCUGUAGAAUAAUUGCUUUGCUUGAAGAUGCACGUUGGUUGCAAGAAACUGUUUACACAGAUAGUUUCGUUUUUCCAGAAGAACCCUCGGAGGUCGAUCAAACAGGUUCUUCUUCGGGUGCUUUAACUCGUGUUAUCUCGCAGAUGUUGCUUGGAUUUUCAAAUGCUUUUAUGAGUCGUUUCGCUUAUCGUGCUGAUUCUAGUUAGGGGUAGUGAAUAGUGAUGGUAAUUGAUUGGAAUAAGAAGAACACACUCUGUGAGAUGAUGAUACACUAUACUAGUACUAGUUAAUAGUAUAAGCUUUACUAGUGUUUUUUGACUAGCUACUACACUAGUUAAUAGGAUUGUAGAUGAGGCUUGAACAUGUUUCUAAAUGUUUUUAAUUGCUUCAAGUAUAUUGAAUUUUCCAUUUGCUAUUCUGGUUUUUUAGUUUUGUUCAAUUAAGUUUUUGUAAACUUCAUUUGCAUUCUAAAUUGUUGGUCCGUUAGUUUUUUCAUUUCAUUUCAACUUACGUGUUGGGCAUCUUACUAGGAGAUCUAAAGCAUUUAUGGCAUUCUUCAGAUGAUGUGAUCUAAUGGAAACUUAUUUUGUUGAUAAGAAUUUCCAUGUGUGAUCUCGAUUUAGCAAAUCAUAGUCCUUCGCCUUUUCAAGCCUCAUAUGUGAGUCUGUUUAGGCAAUUGUGUCUGAGAGCGCGAAUAUAGCACAGUCACUAAUUGAGAUAUUAUUUCAAGAGUUUGCGGAGAGUGAGAAGAGUGUGGCGAAAGAUAGGCUAGCACAAGGUUAUUAGAAGGCCAAGCAUAUUUGAUAGUUGUAAGAAAUAUUUUAAGAUUAUAUUGAGGUAAAAAUACGUAUGGUCUAGGGUCUAUAUACUUAAUUAACAGAGUGUAAGAACUUGAUUGGUGUUCCUCCCGCUCCCUUGUUUCCUAUUGUUUGGAUUGAUACAGUGCAAUUACGCAAAGAUUAUUAUAACAUAGUACAUUGCAAAUCACAUUGGUGAAUGCAUGAAUGUGUCAACACAAAGUAGAAAAGAGGGUCAUCUAGCUAGCUUAGAAGUUAGAAAAAGAGUAAAUCCUAAAUUUCUUCCCUGAAAUUGUAAAACCGUAUUAAUUUAGUCCUUCAUGUUAUCAAUAUUUCCAAAUGAUACAUAAAAUUGUAAAAUGUUAAUAUUUCCAAAUGAUACAUAAAAUUGUAAAAUGUUAAUCAAAUUUGUCCACGUGUCUGGAUCUCUUAUCAAAUGCAUUCUUGACACUAUUCACUUAAUUUUGAAUGCACCCGCAGUCACUUAAUUUUGGAAUAUUGUUAAUACAGAGGACUAGAUUGAUACAGUUUUACAAUUUCUACUAAAAUGUACCAUGCAACAAGAAAAACAAGCUGCCUCCUAGCAUGUAAUUGUAAACCAAAAGCUUCCCAUCUUUGGAAUAAUAAUAAGCUCUAAGUGGCAUGACAAUAGGGUGGCGUCCAAUUCUCCCAACAAUAUCCAACAGUUGCUCAAACUCCUCCUUUUCUGCCUCAACUUCCUUCAGCCACGGUACCAGAUGCUGUUCCCCUCGUUCUAAUACUACCACAAGAAAUUUCACGUUGGUUUAGGUUGAUAAAAUGGAGCAACAACAGAACCUUAGAAGUAGCAAUAAGGUGAAGAGAAAGAAGAAAUUAAUGAAAUUUUGUAGAUGUCCAUGUCGUGCGGUAUCAUGCGUGUUUAAAGGUAUUGGGAGAUGCGUGUUUGUCACUUGUUACCCUGUUGUGCAAUGUUUUGGUUUGGAUGAACACAGACAUAGCCACCACCAAAAACACUUUGAUUGGUGAACGCAAGCUUUAUUAUUAUUUUAGGGAAUCAAUAGUUAUAAUCAUUGCAUAGAAUUCAUUUCUUUGAGAAGAUUUUUUGAUGGCUGAAAUGGACGAAUAAAAUGGUUCUCAAUUUUGUUCUUUGA